AUGUACGUCUCCUUCCUCCAACCGAACUAUGUCCAACUGGAGAAGCUCGGCGAGGGCACGUAUGCUACCGUUUACAAGGGUCGGUCACGGACAACGUCUGAGAUUGUUGCGCUCAAGGAGAUCCACCUCGAUGCCGAAGAGGGCACGCCGAGUACGGCCAUCCGCGAGAUCAGCUUGAUGAAGGAGCUCAAGCACGUCAACAUUGUUCGCCUGCACGAUGUCAUCCACACCGAGUCCAAGCUUGUUCUCAUCUUCGAAUACUGCGAGCAAGACCUGAAACGCUACAUGGACACCCACGGCGACCGUGGUGCGCUCCCCCUCAACACUGUCAAGAACUUUACCUGGCAGCUCCUCAACGGCAUUUCGUUCUGCCAUGCCAACCGCGUGCUCCACCGUGACCUCAAGCCCCAGAACCUGCUCAUCAACCGCCGCGGCGACCUCAAGAUUGGUGACUUUGGUCUCGCGCGCGCGUUUGGCGUGCCCGUGAAUACGUUCAGUAACGAGGUCGUGACCCUUUGGUACCGUGCCCCCGACGUGCUCCUCGGCUCGAGGACGUACAGCACCAGCAUCGACAUUUGGAGUGUUGGCUGCAUCUUUGCCGAGAUGAUUACGGGCUACCCCCUCUUCCGUGGCCGUGACAACAACGACCAGCUUGUCCAGAUCAUGAAGAUUGUCGGUACUCCCUCGGACGCCACUCUGCAGCAGAUCAAGAUGAACUCGCCCGAGAUCCAGCUCAAGCAGCCUCUUAGCAAGCACCCCAAGCAGCCGCUCCACGCCAUUGUCCCCAAGGCACCACGAGACGCCAUUGCCCUCCUCGAGCACCUGCUGCAGUUUGAGCCCAACAGGCGGUUUGACGCCAACGAGGCCCUCGCCCACCCGUACUUUACCAGUGGACCCAUCACCCCGGCCGUUGUCGCGCCCAACGUCUCGACCUCGACAGCCUCCCUCGCUCUGCCCGCGCGCGUCGCUGCAAGGGCAAACCAGGCUUCGGCCGCCGUUCAGGCUCAGCAGCAGCAGCAACAACAGGCCGCCGCCGCUCAGCAGCAAGCCGCUGCUGCCCAGGCUCAAGCCCAGGCUCAGGCUCAAGCCCAGGCGCAGGCGCAGGCUCAAGCUCAGGCCCAGGCCCAGGCGCAACAGGCUGCCAUGGCUCAGCAGCAGCAGUACAACAUGAUGCUCGCCGAGCAGGCGCGCCAGCAGCAGCAGGGAUACUAUGCCGACCCCGCAAUGCAGGCUCAAGCGCAGGCGCAGGCUGCCGCGCAGAUGCAGCUCGCGCAGGCUCAGGCCCACGCGCAGGCUCAGGCCCAGGCCCGCAUGGACCCGAAUCAACAGCAGUACUACAUGAACAACGGACAGUACUAA